UCGGUAUCCCUGAACCUUUCGGAGACCACAAACGGACAAAGUAAAGUUGUAGAGUAGACUCUACGAGGUAACGCAACACACGAGCCAGUGAAGGCAGAACUUACUCAAAUGGUGUAGACCUGUGUCUGAGAUCUAUUUUGAAGUGAAGAAGUCACUGCGAGUGCAGUCAAACAGCCCAACAAGCUUUUGUACUUCUGCAGAACAAUGAGCUCAUGAGCAUUCUGUGAACGAUGAAAAUGCUGAGGCUGACCCUGUUACUGCUAGUCUUCUGGACCGGAUGCUCUGUGGCAAUCAAGUUUCCAAUUGUGUUGGUGCCCGGCAUCGCUGGCAGCCAGAUUGAUGUGCGGCAUACGGAGAAGAUACCGUACCCGGACAUCUGCCGUGUUGUAUUCUCUACUAACAGCUGGAGACAAGCCUGGCUCAGCAUUAAGGAGGUCUUGCCUGGUCUUGUCCGCUGCUUUUCCAUUGACAUGUCAUUGGAGUUUGAUGUGAAUACGCUAAAGUACAAUGACCCAGAAGGCAUUGAAACCAGAAUACCCAACUUUGGAUCAACCAAAUCCAUCGAGUAUCUGGACAACAGCACAGACUUUAUCAUUCGGGCCGAAACAAAGUACUUCCAUGACAUGGUGCAGUAUUUCGUCGACAACGCUGGCUACGAGCGUGAUGAGAGCAUUGUAGCAGCUCCGUACGACUGGAGAAAGUCACCUUGGAGCAUGGAUGGGUACUUUGAGAGGCUGCAAGCUCUAGUGGAGAAUGUCACUGCUAAGUACAAUGCACCAGCCAUUGUCAUCUCACACAGUAUGGGUGGCCCGGUGUUGAAAGCAUUCUUCAACACCACCACCAGUGACUGGAGAGACAAGCACAUCAAGGCAUGGUUUCCCGUUGAAGGUGUGUGGAUCGGUUCUCCCAAAGUUCUCGAGGCCAUAGUGUCUGGCGAUGGGUUUGGCACACCAGCACCAGUAGCUGAUCUCAUUGAUAUGGAGCGGUCACUCGAAAGUACCCUGUUCUUAGCGCCAAUGCCUGGACUCUGGCCAAAUGAUGUGUCCGAUGAGUUGAUCAUUGUGGAGGAGACGAGCAAGUCGUACGGUGUGUCAGACUAUGUAGCGCUGCUGCAGGCACUGAACAUUAGCCAUGCCCAGGAGCGGCUUGCCAAUGUGAUGAGCAAGCGUGAAAUGAUACAUGGUCCCCCCGGUGUUCGCAUGUACUGCAUCUAUGGAACAAACGUAGACACAGCCUGGGGUUACAAGUACAGUGCACUGGACAGGUCUGCACCUGAGAAGAAAAUCAUCGGUGAUGGUGAUGGAACGGUGCCCCUGCCCAGUCUGGAGUAUUGUAAGAACUGGGUGGGAAAGCAGCCACAGCCGGUUGUGCUCAAAACAUUCCCGAACGUGAACCACGUUGCAGCCAUCAUGGACAAAGGCAUAUUUCAGUACAUCCAAAGAGAGAUGGAUGCUCUCGCAGAGGAACACGCUUCCAGGGCGUAGGCACCAUGCCAUCUGUUUCUAAGCUAACGUGGUGAGGCACCAAAUGAACCUGUGCUUUAUUGUAUUACAAGUACUGCUGCUUCUUAAGUUAGUAGGUUAGGAUAAACAACUCAGCUGCUGAAAUAUCUCUCAGCUACUAUUGGUAGUGAUGCAAUGUCAUGUACUUCAAAAUAGAUCCAAAAAUGCCCAUAUUAAUUUUAUAUAAUAUAAAUAGGGACAUUUUUAUUAUAUAAUUAUAUAGAGAAGCAUUGGCAUAAGGUUUACAAUUAAGGUUUACAAUUUAUUUAUUCUUGAACGAUGAUGCGGAGUAUGGGCAGAUGGAUGGUCACCGGGGUUUUUUUCCCUCUUUCGGAUACAUACUGUACUGCAGUUCCAAAAGUCUGUGACCACACUUUAGGGAAUGAAGUAACACGUUUAGUUGGUCUACACUUAGGGAGCAUUUGCAACUCCAGUCUGCUCGUAUACCUCGCUCAUCUGAUCACUUGUGUUGAUUGCUGUUGAGGUAUUUUUCUGAAUCUGAUUUAAACUAUUUAUUUUGCUUAAAACUUACAAUAAUUAGGCAACUCUUCGCCCCAAACUUUAAAUAUGAA